AUGUCCAAAUCACUUCAACUCAAAGAAGAAGGGAACAAAUGUUUCGUGCAAGGCGACUAUGUCGGCGCUGACAGCCUAUACUCCAAAGCCAUCAUCGCCGACCCCAAGAAUCCAGCACUUUACACCAAUCGUGCCAUGGCCCGUCUCAAGUUGAAUUACUGGGACUCAGUUAUUACUGACUGCGAGGCUUGCCUGCAGCUUACGCCUGAUAAUAUGAAAGCUCGUUACUAUCUCGCUGAAGCGCAACUGGCUCUCAAGGACUAUGACGCUUCUCUAGAGAGUGCACUACACGCGCACAAGCUAUGCGCUGCUACAAACGACCGCUCUCUCGCUGCUGUGACGGCACUCGUUUUGCGCUGCAAGAAGGAACGUUGGGACGAUAUGGAGAAGAAGCGCAUGCGCGAAGCUAAGGACCUUGAAAGAGAGGUGAUGGAGCUUCUGAACAGGGAGAAGGUCUCUGCGCUUGCGGAAACGGAUGAUGGAAUGGAGAAGCAGGAAAUCGAAGAGGAGACUCAAGCCAAGAUUGAGAGAAUGAAGGACAUCUUUGAAAGAGCAAGGGCGGGCGAUGAGAAGAAGCGAGAGGUUCCCGACUGGGCGAUUGACGAUAUCAGCUUUGGCUUCAUGAUUGAUCCCGUUGUGUCAAAGACAGGAAAGUCAUAUGAGCGCUCAUCUAUUAUGGAACACCUCCGACGACACCCCAGCGAUCCUCUGACCCGUGAGCCACUCGUUGCAUCUGAGUUGCGACCAAAUCUGGCGUUGAAGCAAGCCUGUGAGGAGUUCCUCGAGAACAAUGGCUGGGCUGCUGACUGGUAA